CAUGUCCAGCGCCUGUCCCACAGGCCAUCCCCCUUUUCUCCCGUCCAUCAUCUCCUGCAGUCGCCCUAGCCACUCUCUCGACUCCUUCGAGGGCCACUACUUUGCUUGUUUACUUGAUUUUACUCUUGACCUGAUAUCCUAGCCCAUUGCAAUGGCACGCUACACUCUUUCAACGGCUCUUUUGGCUGUCGCCUCCUCGACAUAUGUUGCCGCUCAGACCACCACUCAAGAAUUUCCAGAAACUCCCCUCGCCUCUAAGACAUUCUCAUACCCAACAGGCAUCCCCUACCAAGUCGACACCGAUACCUUCGGCCGCGGUACCCAGUACGGGUACAACAUGUGCAAUUCGACGACUGAGGGAGACAAGUCGCUUUGCCAAACCUCUUUCGUCAACUACAUCGAUGACUUCUGUCUCUGGGCACCUGCUGAGUCCGACUCGACCAUCUCUGAUACCGAGGGCGAGGAGGUCGCCUGGUGUACCAAGGGCGGCCGUGGUACCCGUGUUAUCCCCGACGGCGCCCUCUCGGGCGUUCAGUACAUCAAGACCCCAGAUUAUAUCCAAAUCGCUGGUUUCAUCGACCAGUCGAAGAUCAACAUCCAGACGGACGAUUACGGAGGAGAACUUGACCCUCACGGUCAGGAUCUCCGUGGUAACCCCAUGGGUGGUCUCAUGUACUCCAACGCUUUCCCCAGCAACAGCGGCAACAACGACUCUUACACCCAGGUGAUUGAAUGGGUCAACUUCAUGGGUGGAAACGCAUUCUGCUUAAAAGUCUGCGACCCCGCUGGCUCGAACCCCGCCGGCUACUGCCAGCACACCCUCGACCGUAUCGGCUGCGCCUACAACGUCCCCAACAACGCCCAGAACGGCACCUUCGAGGUCUGCAAGGGCGACAGCAUGCAAGUCCCCGGCGUCUACACCUCCGACGGCCAGACCCUCUCGUAUUCGCAGCCUCCCGAGUCCGAGGGCGAGAUCACGACGAUGCCAUACACCGCCACCGCCGCCGCUUCAUCCGAGUGCACGACUUAUACUUCGUCUGCGCUCUACACUGGCGCGCUCGCCGCGUCGGGGUCUGGGUCUGCUUCUGGUAGUGGAUCUUCGGCGUCGAAGACGGGUAGCUCUGCGUCUGCGUCGUCGACGAGCUCGACGAGCGGGGCUAGUGCGGUGAAGGUUCAGUUCGGCGCUGGUUUGAUGGGUGUGGCCGGUGCUAUGCUCUUGCUCGCUUAAAUAACUGCGUGUAGAGUUCGUAUUGUUGUUGGUUCCGUGACUUCGUAGAGUCUUGUUUUUGUUUUGUCUUGCUUUCUGGAUGACGAUGCCGAUGCCGUGUCUGUAGCAGUUUCGAGUCGUUCCCGUUCACGAUGCUGAUGUUCGCUGUUUGCCUGCAUGGCUCUAUUCUAUUCCAUCCCUCACCCACGGACGGUUCAGUCAGUUACCCCCCACUACGUACGUUCAUACCCCGCACCCACCCCCCUCGAUAUCAAGUACCCCGUACCCCGUAUCCGAUCCUGUCAUACCGUAUCACCACCCUAAGUAUAUUCCUGCACUUCGCAACCUUAUUCUGCCUGGUCAUACAUACUUCUUUUACACCAUAUCUUUUCUUGUUCAUGAACCGCAUCGGACGUUCGGACUUUGGACUCGCUGGCUCGCUGGUUGGUCCCACACCCAAUCUCUGAACACUUCCUAUUUACUUACUCAUACGCGCUUCUUUUUGUUUGAGUCUUGACUUUUACUCUUAGUUGCUUACACGCACUGGCACCCUUCUAGUAUGACAUACGUUCUACGCGAAUGCAUGGAAUCGUCG